AUCUUGCUGUCCAUGGUCAAACAUGCCAACCUUCAAUUUUCCAGUAUCACAUGCUCAGGAGAACAAUUAGCAUCACCAACGACGAGGAAGAUUGCUGCGCAAGGAUGCCUGUGUGGUAGUUAGCUCUCGUAGCAGAACUCCAAUCGCUGGCUUUCAAACGGGAGUUCUCCUUCCAUUUGAGAGGUUUUGGCUGGCUUUUGUCUGUUUUCCCGUUUCAUAUUUGUAAUUCAACGCGAUACGAACGCCUCCUGCCGACUUGCAAUUUCGGGUCUGCAAGAUAAUAGACGUCGUCUGUACCUCAGCAUAUGCGUGCUCUCCUUCUCCGUGUAUCCCCUUCCACAACCAUUGUCACCUCACACAACCGAGCAUUUGUUUACUCCUUUCCGCUUCCUCUGUCCAGUCCGUACUUGCACGGGCGAAGUGGCAUCCCGACUUGCAAUUUUUCGUGGGAUGGUGUUCAAAACAAUAGUGCGGUGACUCUCCUUCCAUUUUCUCACUGUAUGCCCCAUGCAGCCGAAGCAGAAGAAUGAGUCUGUCCCUCCGGGCUUUUCACGGCCCCUGACGGUUGGGGAGGUACCGCUUAUGGCAUGCUCUGACCAUAACAGGCACCCGGAUGCUCCAGCUAAAAGAACGUAUCGGAUGGUUUUGGGUGGAUCAGAUAAGCAAGCUCGAGGGUACCAUGCUCUUCGCAUGCUGCGGCUCAGGCGCGUGCAUAUGAAGCAGCGUUGGCAGCAUCUAGCCCUCAUCAGCAUCACCGCUUUUGUUGGCCUGUCUCUGAUUUUUUGGAACCAGAUAACAUUUCCAGCGCUGGUAUAUAUCCAAAAUGCACGACUUCCUGUUUAUUACACACCAAGUCAAGAGGACGAACUUCGGUGUGACGCAUCAUCGUUACCGUCGGUGUACAGAGACGACGACUUGUCAAGCUGGGGAGCGCCCGAGAGAGCUGAAUUGCUCCAAGAGGCAUGGGUCGCGUCCCUUCCGUUGACAACUCGGAAGGUCAAUUACAAGACAAACGAAGCAAACAUGUGCAUCAUGGAGAUUGUGUCUAGGACACUGUCAGCAAGCCACAUCGAUCAUGCGAUUGUGGGAGACACACUUAUUGGCUCGUACCUUUUUCAAGACUCUGCUUUUUGGAACAAAUCGCUUGAUGUGGCUCUCCCCAGAGCGGAACUGGCGAAGGUGCAGGGCGUGCUUCAAAAAGUAAAGUUGGUGGACGCCAUCGACGGCAACCGUGCAUACUCCCCAGCAGCGCUACGACAGUGGCUGGUCAACUCAAAAGCACGACUUGAGCUGGAGGAAGUCUAUAACAGCGGCAGAGGCGGCCGUAUCUUUCUCAGUUCCCAGUCGGGAGCUUUGACUGGCCAAUUCGCCUCGCUCCAGAUCAACGUACGAUGGUGGACGGUGGAGGAACGUGCUCCGGAGGACAACUCGAAAGACUUUGAAAACAGCACAUCGGUGGUCGUUUUGGAUGUUCCUGUGGCGGAUGGUUCGGCGGAUACGGUCCGCAUACCGGAGUCAGAAUGGUUCCCAUUAACCACUCGGCCUCUGGGGCUGCUUACUGUUCCAGCUCCGGUCAAUCCCAUGUUUUACGUAAACGCUCAAUACAAUGAAGCAGAACCCCCCUGUGGCAAUCGUAACUCGGCCAGCAGCUCAGGAUUUCUCUCUUUGAGGCAAUUCGUUGCCGGAUCAUGCUCGAUCCUUCGGAACUCUUAUUUUCACAUCGAAAGGGAUCAGGUUAAGGAAGACUGCUUCAGAGAGCUUCUGUUUUUCGGUGGGAAGCCUCGGUCUGUUGCUUACGUGGGAGGAAAGUUCUCGCCAGCUGAGAAGUUUUCCUCGUGGUUUUUGGUCUAGGACAGCCAGAAUAUUGUCACCGCUUAUCUAUUCAUUUUUCACGGAAACUCUGCAUCAUCUUGUCCCCUGUCGUACUGACUUCCGUCUGGGUGAUUGUUUCUUAAGUUCCCUUCUAUCUGUUCCCGGCGUCGACAUCCUGUUCACGGCUGCAGUUCACAGAGGAAGGCUUCCCUUGCGCAACUGCGUCGACUAUAGACCAACGUGCCUCUGAAGGCGUACAAAAUAUAAAACCAGCAGUAUCCAUGGCUAUUUUAAUUCAGGUUUGAAGUGGAGAAUCCCUGUAAUUUCCCUCUAGCAGCAAUGCAGACCUUGUAAUUUCUGUGUGCGAUUGUAUCGUAACGCACUACAAACCGUGAAACGCCGAAGCAGCGGUUCACACUGGGGAAGUUUUCGUUCAAUUCUUGGUACAUGCCAUUUUCGUACUCUGCGAUGUCAUGCAUGGUUCACCCUUUGACUCCCAAACUGCUCUGAAUCUACUGGCGCUGUCUCACAUGCAUAUUUCUUCGAACAGCGAGUAUCCAUUGUCGGGAACGGAACAGAAGGAGCCAUGGCAUCAAGUCGAAUUAUCAUGCACACCAACAGCAGGAGUCACUUUUUGCUUUGGGGGACUGCGGUUUUGGGUGGGUGGAUCCAAUUUCUACUGUGUUAGCAGAGCGUAGCCAAGAUGAUAAUUAAGGUAGAAAUAUCAGGAUUUUCUCGUAUGAACCACCUACUUGGCCGAUGACUCCACAUGGUAAUAAGCAGCCUCUUAUCAGGAAACAAAACUAUUUUAUGAUGAGUCAAAUUGCUGGGCGAGUGAUGAGUGGCAGCUCGCGCACAUAGCUGUCAGCCAAGGAGCUGCAGGAUUUUUUCUGCACGGAAGCUUGUACCUCGCUGAUGGGCACAUCGGCCUGCCCUACGCCUGCGCAUGCUGAAGAUGAUUCCGUAGCCACAUACUGCUUCGAACAACGACCAUCAUGCAAGGUGGACUCUAUGCUCGGGGGGAAGCUUUGUGUUUAUUUCUAUGAGCCGUUGCAACCUUGCAAUUCUUUGUCCCGCCCACGCUCCUGCCAAGCUUUCAGUCGCGUGCCUGAACAUCUCAAUUCUUUUAUCCUGGGAUCUGCUUAGGUCUCCUGGUGGGUUGGCAGGAGAUCCGGAGGCAGCGUGGUAGUCACUCAUGUACGUAUCGAUCUCUGGUACAGGAAUAUCGAAUGAAUCGUCCCGGUCGUCGGAGUCAGUGUCACUCAUCUGCGGAGUUCACAAGCUCAAAACAGG